GUUUGGAAAACCAAACACUCAGAGAAUACAGAUAAGGAAAAUUAUUAAGUGGGAGACUGAUAGGCAUGAAUUCGCUCCCUAUCAGCAACAAGAGGGGCUUGAUAUUGUAGGGAGGUGAAGGAAGGUUCUGUACUUCUGUUUUGAGAUAUAUAGGCAUAUAGGUGCAGAAACACAAAGAGAUGACAUGGUGCAAUAUUGACUCAGAUGAGGAGAGGGGCAUUGAACAUAUCACGCCCACUAUUAUUCCCAGAACUAAUAACACUGUUGUUACUGAUGCAAAACCAACCGAAAUUCGAACCAUAACUUGUCCCUCAUGUGGCCAUAACAUUGAAUUCCAAGAUCAGGCUGGAAUCAAUGACUUGCCGGGUUUACCAGCUGGGGUGAAGUUUGAUCCGACUGACCAGGAGAUACUAGAGCAUUUGGAAGCAAAGGUGCUUUCUGAUGUUCCCAAUCUCCAUCCCCUUAUUGAUGAGUUCAUACCAACGCUUGAAGGGGAGAAUGGGAUCUGUUAUACACACCCAGAAAAGCUACCAGGAGUAAGCAAAGAUGGACAGAUCCGCCACUUCUUUCAUAGGCCUUCUAAAGCAUACACAACAGGAACAAGGAAAAGAAGAAAGGUUCACACUGAUGAAGAAGGAAGUGAGACAAGGUGGCACAAAACAGGAAAAACUAGACCAGUUUUUGUUGGUGGGGCCGUGAAGGGUUUCAAAAAGAUACUAGUCCUCUACACCAACUAUGGGAGGCAAAAGAAGCCUGAGAAGACUAAUUGGGUGAUGCAUCAAUACCAUCUUGGCAGUAAUGAAGAAGAGAAAGAUGGAGAAUUAGUGGCUUCAAAAGUCUUCUACCAAACACAACCUCGACAAUGUGGUAAUUCCAUUAUAAAGGAUCCUUAUGAGAAAAGAAUAACUCACCACCGAAGUGUCCAUGAUGAUAGUAUAAUGCCUAAAAAUGCAGCUCUUGGGGAUUACUAUAAUCCUCCUUUCAUAAAUUAUGACCAUGUGGGACAUAAUAGGGAAAGCUCACCUCAACUUAUUCCAAACUUGGUUGUGCAAGGUGAUAGCUCUUCUUUUAUUCGAUUAGCAAUGGAUGCAAACAAAGCCAGGCUUGACAGAAAAUAGCUCUGCCACUUCUUGGUGUAGAGCAAUUGUGACAAUGACUAUAUAUAAGACGUUGAUGGUUUUAUUUAUUACUAUAUAUAACACAGUAUUUAUUCUAUGUAUGGGAUUAGCUAGAAUGAAGGAAACCAAAGUUGAAGAUGACUUCCAUAUUGGGAUAUAUCAUAUAUAUCAAGGACUUAUCCAUAAUUGACCCUGGUUGAAGUUGAGAGGCAUGCAAGGUCUGUUCCGGUACUGUGGUUUUAUAUUAAUUUUUAUG